AUCACUUUGCCCCCCUAGCUGUAUUCCAUCCAUCUCCUAGGCUUAUAGAGCUAAGCCUUCAGCUAUGAGGCGAUGCGCCGCAAUCAAAGCCUUGGCAUUGGUGAGGACCAGCAUUGGCGCUCCUUCGUGUACGAGCAGCGGACAUCGGGUCGUACGCGCUUCUGUAUAUAAAGAAGGCCAUCAAAGGUGCAAGUUGAAAUAUUUCAUUUUAUCAGACAAAAGGAUCUAAGACCAUUCCUACAUAUUCGUUCAAUCUUUCGUGCGAGCAGAAGCGGAAUCUUGCAUAUCUCAACAGCUAGACGUCUCGGAUUCCUCGCUCACUUGAGCUCCUCUGACCGACCUCUUGCGCGAUGGGCUCCAACCCCAAACCCAACAUCACCUUAUACCGUGGCUGGGAUGAAUCUGGAAGAUACGUCUGGUCGCCAUUCGUUACCAAGGUCGAAUUCCGCCUGCGCACCUCUGAAGCCCCAUACACCUGCGCCGUUGGAUCCACGAGAUCAGGUCCCAAAGGGAAGAUCCCCUAUGUCGAACUCAUGACUCCGAACAACCCUACCGAAUGUCUGGCCGACUCAAGCCUUAUUAUUAAAGACUUCAGCGACCGCGGUCUGAUCACCGACGUCAACGCGAGGCUGUCUCCUGCCGAACGAGGUCAGGAUCUCGCCGUUAGGGCGCUUAUGGAGGACAAGCUAUGCUUCUGUCACACCUACGAACGAUGGAUCAAGCACUACUACAUCAUGCGCGAUCAUGCCCUCUGGUCUAUUCCGUAUCCCAUGCGCGUCGUCAUCGGGGUCCUGGCAUAUCGCGGAAACGUGCGCAAACUGCACGAUCAAGGAACAGGACGCUUCACCGACGCCGAAAUCCGUGGACUCAUCAAGGAGGUGUGGGAAGGAGUCAAUGGAAUGCUAGAGGAGAGUCGUCGGAGAGGAAAACAAGGGGAGUGCUUUUGGGUUCUAGGCGGGGAUGAGCCGACUGAAGCCGAUGCCACGGUUUUCGGUUUCGUGGUCAGCGUCUUGGUCUGCGAUGCAGGACCUGAGAGCAGAGAGUUGAUCAAGAAAGAGUUUCCGGUGGUGGUCGAGUAUGCGGAACUGAUUCAUAAGCGCUGGUUCCCGGAUUAUGAAAUGUGGGCAUGAGUGAAGGACCUCAACCAUGUAUUUCUAUCUCACUUUUAAAUCUUGCAGUUUCGUUUUCUUAUGGGUUGAUAAGAUUGCUUGUGUCACAAGGACCGAUCGCGCUUUCUUAAAACAGCGGUGUGAGUGAAGGACAACCGCCUCACUCUUUCUUCUCCCGCAAUAAGCAUUCAAUCCAAGCUUUGGC